GGAAGGGGAGGGAGGAUUGAAUGGAUUCAUGUCUGUGACUUCAUUAAACAGGGAGAAAUGGAAGGGUCUGCUAAAUACUCAGAGCUGUUGCACAUGGCAGAAGAUUACUUCCAGCAAUCUGUUACCACACCAGAAAGCUCUGUUGAAGUGAGCCCAGGAGAUGAAAUCUUGGCACUUCUGCAGACAACACCCAUCGAUGUGAAGGAACUUGAGAGAGAAGCAGCUUCUCUUCCUCCAGAGGAUGACGACAGCUGGCUGGAUAUUACACCAGAUGCUCUGGAUCAGAUGCUGAAGGCAACAAGAAAUGAGUCCUUUCCUUCUGCAAAUGAGGAAGAGCAGAAAUAUGACUUGGAAGCAGUUGCUGAGAGCAUGAAGGCUUUUGUGUCCAAAGUCUCCACACAUGAAGGAGCAGAAAUGCCAUGGUCACCUGAUGAAUCCCAUGUUACCUUUGAUGUAGAUUCUUUUACCAAAGCAUUGGACAGAAUUUUAGGGGCAGACUCAGAGGAGCUGGAUUCUGAUGAUCUGGAUGAAGAGGAGGAGUUUGAUUUCUCAGAUGAGGCUGAUGAAGACUUAGAUGCUGUAAAUCAAAGGCAAGACCAGAAGGUAUCACCUAACGAGCUCAUAGGCAGCCUCAAGGCAUACAUGAAGGAGAUGGACCAGGAGCUGGCACAGACCAAUGUUGGGAAAAGUUUCACCACCCAAAAGAAAGGGGCAAGUUCUGUUAAUGGAGCUACACCUCGGGGUGCUGUCCCUGAUUCUGGAGCUGCAGACACAGAGUUGGCACCAGUUGAUGUGGACAUGAACCUAGUAGCUAACCUGCUUGAAUCCUACAGUGCUCAGGCUGGGCUGGCUGGACCCACCUCCAAUAUCUUACAGAGCAUGGGAGUGUAUUUACCUGAGAACACAGAUCGUCCUGGCCCAGGCACUCGAGCACCAGAAUGA